AUGGCUUCACAAUGGACAAUACCAAAACUUGUCACUUGGAGAGUCAAAGAUUGGGCUUCAUGUUUCUUGGCUUGCAAGAUUCCUAUAGAUGUAGAUGAGGAUGGAGUUAAUAACAACGGUAACACAAUUAAUAACAACAAUCUAAUGUUCAAGAGAACAAAGAGGAAGAUCAAGAAGAAGAGAUCAGAGAGGAAGCUAAGUCUAAGCCCACCAGGUACACGUCAUCAUCAUCAUCAUCAUCUAAGAAGCAGCAGCAGCGUUUCUCCGACAUCCGCGUCUCAUAACCGGCGUUUGAGCUUGCCGCAGCCACCGGCCUUAGAUGAACCUGGCUUCAUUGUCUUCUGCUUCGACCGUGAAGAUGGAGGUUUCGACGUUGUGAAAGAAGAGAAAGAAGAGAGGAAAGAAGUAGAGUUGUCAUCUGAAAAGUUACCUAGAACGGUACAUCGUAAGCUUAUUUAUGGAGAUCAAGGGGUAGGCAAAGAAGAGAAGAUUAACUCUCUGGUGAUUAAAAUGACAGAACAAGAUCAGGCCGAUAAGACUACAUGUCAAGAAACAGAAAAUGUCUCUUGUGGUGUUCAUGAUUCGAAGGAUGAGGAAGAAGAAGGUAUUGAUGCAUCUGAUAAAUCUAGUAAUGACUCGGAUGAAGGAAGGGGAUCAUUUGCAUUUCCCAUAUUGGGAGUUGAGUGGAUGGGGAGCCCUGUCCUGAUGCCGACACCAGAUGACUUGUCUCCUAAGAAACAAAAACCAAUAGCUUUAGGGUUCCAGUGCUGUAAAUUCUGAAAAAUAAAAGGACACUCUAUAAGUUUUUGUGAGAUUGUUUUGUGUAACUAUGUUUCUGAUUAAAAGAAACACUACCAAAUAAUAUAAC